AUGGACAUCGACACGUCCGACAUUGGACGGUACGGGACGCUCGCGCUGCUGAAGCGGCACGAGCCGGACGGCGUCGUCGCUGCGUACCCGAUUGACGAGCCCGAGGUGACGGUCGGACGUGACCCGGCAUGCAGUAUUCGGUUGUAUUAUCCGAGUGUGAGCGCGGUGCAUUGUAAGGUUGUGUUUAAUGAGGAGAAUAAGGUAUGCACGAAUGGGCUCCUUAUCGAUGACUGCCCCGUAUACCCCGCCCCUCCCAACAGCCCACCAACUACCGUCCCGCUAACGAAUAACACGACGCUCGACAUCCACAAGAAGCGCUUCCGUUUCACCUACCCGCCGAAGCACCUCCGCCCCGCGCUCGCUGCGCUCCCACCGACGCCCUCUGCGAACGAGACGCCGGGUCGCCGCCGGCGCGCGCUGCGCAUGUCGAUGAUUCACAGCGCACAUGUCUUCACCCCCCGCCCUUCUGCGGACCCGCGCGCGAACCUCCGUGUACUGCAGUCUCCACUCAAGGCG